AUGACUGUUAAUCCAUGUCUUGGCAGGUCUUCCAUAUCUCAAGUCGAGAAGUUUCAUAUCAUGCUAAACAUGGAGAAAGAAGAAAAGAAAUUUGUCAAUAAAGCAGAGGAAGAUGAGAUGGAGAUCUAUGGCUACGAUCUAUGUCGCUGGAAGUUGGUGCUAGUUACUGUAGGAGUGCUCUGUUCUGGUGGCUUUCUUCUCCUCCUCCUCUAUUGGAUGCCUCAGUGGCGUGUGAAAGCAACAUGCAAGAGGACUACGCUUAAAGACUGUGAAGUGGUUCUGCUGAGAACAACUGAUGAAUUCAAGAUCUGGUUUUGUGCAAAGGUUCGCAUUAUGCCUUCUUUGGGAGCCAGUCCUUUACAGAAUCCUAACCCUAUUGUACACAAGGUUUCGAAUGGCCAUGCUGUUCAUUUCUGUGAAUCUGCUGCAGAAGAGAAUAAAAAUGAUUUGAAAAAAUAUUUGCCUAUCCGUUAUUUCACACAUCACAGCGUGAAGUAUUUCUGGAAUGAUUCUGUGCAAGGUUUUGAUGUUGUACGAGGUCUAGAUGAAUCUACUUUCUGUUCUUCAAUUCAUAAUGAACACAGCACAGGACUGACAAAGGGAGUGCAUGAUUUCAGAAAAGCGUUCUAUGGAGUAAAUGAAAUUGCUGUGAAAGUGCCUUCCAUUUUUAAGCUUCUGAUUAAGGAGGUUCUCAACCCUUUUUACAUUUUUCAGUUGUUCAGUGUGAUAUUGUGGAUCACUGAUGAAUAUCACUACUAUGCAUUAGCAAUUGUGAUCAUGUCUGUAAUAUCCAUUGUUAGCUCACUCUACACCAUUAGAAAGCAAUAUGUCAUGUUACAUGACAUGGUAGCAGCUCACAGCAUUGUCAGGGUGUCUGUCUGCAGAGGGAACCAAGAAAUAGAAGAAAUCCUUUCCACCGACCUUGUGCCUGGAGAUAUCAUGUUGAUUCCAUCUAAUGGGACAAUUAUGCCCUGUGAUGCAGUACUUCUCAGUGGUACUUGCAUUGUAAAUGAAAGUAUGUUAACAG